AUGGAUAAAUUCAUCCAUGUUUUAGGACCAAUACCAAAACCCGGUACUCCCCGCAGAGACGAUCACGAAGAAACAGAAUUGUCUGGAUCUCCUCCACAUCGGUUCACAUAUUGUGAAUGUGAUGCAAAGGAACGCGAAGUACAAAAGCCAUUACCGGCAAAAUCAGCUGCGAUGAUCACUGUCGUCUUUCUGGAUGGGGACCCCGAGAGGGCCAUAUCAAUGGUUAGAGAUAUUGUCAGACACGGGGCCUCCAAUGCGCAGCUACCUAACCUCACCCCUCCCCCAAAUCAUCGGUGA